AUGAAAUUAAAUCAAUUUUCGUCCUCGAUGGCCUCUGUGCUUGAGCAGGGGACGGUGGAAUAUACUAGGAGACGCUUCUCUUGCUUUAUUUGGUUUUGGACACUACAGAUCCAGAUUCUAGCCAUUGCUGAGAUGGAAAAAAUGACCAAUGAUUAUACUGAUUCUGACCAUAAGCAACGCUGCCCUGAGAAAAUACUGACCAAUGAUCUAAAACUAAAUCUCACUCACUUACAACUUACACACAAUGUAGUGGCUGUGACUGGUCAUCUAGUACGCGACAGUGACCUAGUUCACGUAAACAGUCAGAUGCUUGUAAGUAGGCCGAGCGAGGAGGAAUCCUAAGCCUUUCUCCGGCAAAAUGAGACCACGACUUGUAACAACGGAUGACAACGAACACGGAGACAGACGGAGUUAAGUCGUGGUCAUUUGUAUUUUCAUCUUGAAACAGAAACUGACUUUUUACAACAAUGUACUAACUACUGUACUAACUAGUAUUGACGAUACUUUGUAUUCUGCAGUCGGCCAGCACUUGGUAAAAAUAUAUAUGUUGAUUGGCUAAAAAUAUUCUUGUUGGAUGUAUUUGGGCAUGCUAGAAAUUCGACGCACUACUUCCUAUUGCACGACUAGAAGUUCUAGUAAGGCAUUCUUGUAUGAAGUGGAGAAAUGCGAACAGAGAUUUGAUGUGUCGUACACAAGGACAACAAGAGUUUUGGAUAGAUGUACGAAGUCGAAGAAGUUCUUCGACUUCGUAUAUCUAUCCAAAAGAACGUCGGAAAAAGAGUAAAGAGUUUAUAGCACCU